AACAGCUUAAACCUAUGUGGGUGGAAAAUGUAAACUAGGAGAUGCCACACGCACUCUGCUCACUCUUCAGCCGCCAACAUUUUCCUUCGCAGGGCUCCUGUCCUGUACUACUAUCGAAAGCAAUAGCCAUGCGCAGCAGCUACAAUUUCUUCCUUCGCCGCCGCCUCUCAACUGCCGCCGCGCUCGACAUUCCUCCUCCUCCUUCUGUACUCCACAACUUGCCUUCUCCCUCCAAAGCCCUUGCCCGCCUUAAAUCCGCUCUACUUACUGAAUCCAACCCAGAGAAGAUCUUCGACCUUUUCCAGUCCUCCACUCACCUCCCACGCUUCUAUUCUCAUCGCCCUCUCUACGACAUAUCCAUCAACAGACUUUACCGUUAUCGCCGCGUCGAUCUUGUCGAGCGUCUCCUCGAAUCUCAGAAAGCCGAUCCUGCCGCACCCAAAUCCGAGGGCUUUUUCAUCCGCAUAAUGUCACUUUAUUCUAACGCUUCGAUGCUCGAUCACGUUUUUCGAACCUUUGAGCAGAUCCCCGGCACAGAACGCACGGAGAAGUCUUUCUGCGCUCUUCUCACCGCCUUCCUCAAGCAUCGGCACUGUGACCGUGUUCGCGAUCUCUUCGAACGCGUUCCCGGUGAGUCUGGCAUCGUACCUGGCGUCGCUGCGCAUAAUAUUUUGCUUAGUUCCUUGUGUGUGGCUGGUGAAAUGGAUGACGCCCGCAAGGUGCUCGAUGAAAUGCCGAAGAAGGGAUUGGAACCUGAUGUCAUUUCUUACAAUGCGAUCUUAAGUGGUUAUUUGAAUAAAGGAGAUAAAGUUGGAUUUGACGACGCUUUGAAGGAGAUUAACUGCAAGGGUAUUGCUCCUAAUGUAGUCACAUACAAUUUGAGGAUAUUGAAUUUUUGUAAGAGGUUGGAGAGCUUCAAGGCUGAGGAGCUGCUUGAGGUGAUGAUUUCAAAAGGAAUCCGGCCAUAUCUUUCAACCUUUAAUACAAUAAUUGAUGGGUUUUGCAAAGAAGGAAAUUUGUAUUCUGCGACCAGGGUGUUUAAGAGGAUGAAAUCUAUGAAAAUAGCCAAAGGGGAGAAAGGGUUCUUACCCAAUGCUGAUACCUAUGUUGUGCUUAUUCGUGGCUUGGUGGAUACUGAAGACUUUGCUUCAGCAGAGGAGAUAUGCAGGGAAUGCUUAAUUAGAAAGUAUGUCCCUCCAUUUGAAAGCUUGAAAGCUCUCAUUAAUCAAUUGGUGAAGGAUUCUAAGGUUACUGCGGCCAAGGAUCUUGUUGAUAACAUGAGGAAGGUUGUGAAAGGCUCUGCUGUGGCUUCCUGGUCAAAGCUCGAAGCUGAGCUUCCGUUAUAGCCUGCACCAUUUUCAAGAGUCUGGAAUGAAAAUUCUCUUGGUAGCUCGACCUUUUUCAUUUGAGGUAGAAGAUCCUAUUUUUUCCAAGAUGAAAAUUAUCGAUAAAUAGUUUAUGCAUUUGGUUUAUCUUUACAAAUAUUAUUGUUAUUAUUCCAUUACCUUACAAAUGAUAUGGUUUUCAUUUAAGAAGCUAAUGUGUCCAUGUUUAUGAAGCUUGUUUGGGUAUGUUAAUAUGCAUUAUCUAGAAGAUUUAUUCUUCGGUUCCUUAUAAA